ACACUUUCACCGGUGCCUUCCACACAGUCAAACAUGAAGUUUAUCAUCCUCGCCUCCUUGGCCGUCGUGUCCCUGGCCGCCCCCAGGCCCGACAAACCCGUCCCAGCCCCCGCUCCCUCCUACGGCGCCCCCUCCCAGAGAUCCUUCGACCACUCCGCCGAAAAUAUAGCCAUCCUCCGCGACGAGAGGCAGAUGUCUGACGACGCCAGCAGCUACAACUUCGCCAUCGAGACUGAGGACGGAAUCCAACGCGAGGAAUUCGGUUCCGCCAUCGACGACGGAAGCGCUGAAGGAGCCGUCGCUCAGAGCGGAAAGGUCUCCUUCACCCUCCCCGACGGCCAACAGUUCGAGCUGACCUUCGUGGCUGACGAGAAUGGCUUCCAGCCCCAGUCUUCCUUCCUGCCAGUCGCUCCCGAAUUCCCCCACGAAAUUCCCCAGUUCGUCCUCGACCAGAUCGAAAAGGCAAGACGCGAGGACGAGGAAGCUGCCCGCUCCGGCCCACGCAGCAGCGGUGCCCCAUCUCAGGGAUACGCAUAAGUCCUCAGACACAGCACUGCAAUUGUGUCAUUGUCUCUGGAACGAAGAUAUUUAUACAUGAAUUAAUUCAAGUCACAUUGCCAUACGACUGAACCACCUACCAUGGAAGACAGAAAGGCUUGUGUCUUGACAGAUAUUUAUGGGCUAUGUAUUUAUUCUUAACGCCAACAUGAAAUGUUAGAAUA